UCCGCCCCUCCUGAUUGCUAAACCACACCGACGACGGCGACUCCUCCGCAUCGAUCCUUUAACCGCCGGAAUCUUCUCCACAGGAAGAGUAUAUAUAUCUCAACUCUAUACAUGUAAAAACCUCCUGCUCACAAAGAUGUCGUACAUAUCGUCUCGAUCAAUGCUCGUCAAGAGAAGCGUCUCAACAUUACCUCAUCUCUCUCAGAGAUUUAAACAAACAGAGAGCGAGAUUGUUCAGAUGUUCAGUCUCCCAAACCCCGAGGAAGAAUCAGAGAACCCUCGAGAGAAGUGGAAACUCUCAAGAAAAGACCCAUCAGUCCGUACCCUAGACGAGAGAUUCAUCCGAAUCCUCAAAAUCUUCAAAUGGGGUCCCGACGCCGAGAAAGCCUUAGAGGUCCUCAAGCUCAGAGUAGACCACCGUCUCGUCCGCUCAGUCCUCGCCAUAGAAGACGUCGACAUCAACGUCAAGACCCAGUUCUUCAAAUGGGCCGGCAAAAGAAGAAACUUCCACCACGACUCCUCCACUUACCUCCCCCUGAUACGCUGCCUCGAGGAAGCCAGGCUCUACGGCGAGAUGUACAGGACGAUACAAGAAGUUGUCCGCAACGCUUACGUCAGCGUGGGCCCAGGAGUGCUCUCUGAGCUUGUGAAGGCCUUGGGGAGAGCUAAGAUGGUUGGGAAGGCCUUGUCUGUUUUUUAUCAGGCGAAAGGACGCAAGUGCAAGGCUACUUCGAGCACUUACAACUCUGUGAUUAUGAUGCUGGUGCAGGCAGGGAUGCACGAGAGAGUUCAUGAGGUUUACAGCGAGAUGUGUAACGAAGGGGACUGUUUUCCUGAUACGGUUACUUACUCUGCGGUUAUAUCUUCCUAUGAUAAGUUGGGACGUAACGAUUCUGCGGUGAGGUUGUUUGAUGAGAUGAGGGAGAACGGUUUGGAGCCGACGGAGAAGAUAUACACUACUCUGAUAGGGGUGUACUUUAAGGUGGGGGGAGUUGAGAGAGGUUUGGAUCUUUUCGAGGAGAUGAGACGAGAAGGUUGUUUGCCUAGUGUUUAUACUUACACGGAGCUUGUUAAGGGGCUUGGUAAAGCAGGGAGGGUGGAAGAAGCGUAUGGUUUGUAUAAGAACAUGGUGAGAGACGGGUUGAGUCCUGAUGUUGUGUUUUUAAACAAUCUGAUGAACGUUUUAGGGAGAGUGGGUAGAGUGGAGGAGGUGAGGAGUGUCUUUAACGAGAUGGGGAGGUGGAGAUGUACUCCCACUGUUGUUUCGUACAACACUGUUAUCAAAGCUCUGUUUGAGUCGAGAGCACCUGUUGCGGAAGUGAGUUCUUGGUUUGAGAAGAUGAAAGAGGGAGGUGUUUCCCCUAGUGAGUUCACUUACUCGAUCAUGAUAGAUGGUUAUUGCAAAACCAAUAGAGUGGAGAAAGCUCUGUUGCUUCUCGAGGAGAUGGAUGAGAGAGGGUUUCCUCCCUGUCCUGCAGCGUACUGCAGUCUUAUAAACGCGCUUGGGAAGGCGAAAAGAUACGAAGCUGCUAAUGAGCUGUUUAAGGAGCUAAAAGAGAAUUUUGGGAAUGUGAGUUCUAGAGUGUACGCUGUGAUGAUCAAACAUUUUGGGAAAUGCGGGAAACUAAGUGAAGCUGUGGAUCUUUUCAACGAGAUGAAGAACCAAGGGAGCGGUCCUGAUGUCUAUGCUUACAACGCGCUUAUGUCAGGGAUGGUGAAGGCUGGUAUGAUAAACGAAGCUCAUUCGUUGCUUAGGAAGAUGGAAGAGAACGGUUGCAGCGCUGAUGUGAAUUCGCAUAACAUCAUCCUCAACGGGUUUGCUAGAACUGGUGCGGCGAAAAGAGCUGUAGAGAUGUUUGAAGCUAUGAAGCGUUCUUCUGGUGGUGUUAAGCCUGAUGGUGUCACUUAUAAUACUCUCCUUGGAUGUUUUGCGCAUGCUGGAAUGUUUGAUGAGGCUGCAAGAAUGAUGGGUGAGAUGAAAGAGAAAGGUUUUGUGUAUGAUGCAAUCACUUACUCAUCAAUACUUGAAGCUGUGGGCAAUGUGGAUCAUGUAAAAGAUGUUUAAAUCUUUGUAAGAGGGGUGUGAAUUCUCAGAUUAGAAUGAGAAAGAAAUCAAAUAGAAGCUGAAAAGAUGGCUACUUUUUUUUUUCAUUUCUUUCACACAUUGAUGUUUACCUUAGUGAUCAGGUCUCAGAAAUUGGUUAA